AUGUUCUCCAAUUUCACGAGCAUUGUGCAAAAGGCCCAGCAGCUCAUUGACCCGACCCAAGGCCUCAACCUCUCCAGCUCCGAUCGGAACCCUUCCAAGGCCUCCCUGUUCCAGAACCAGUUCCGCUUGCCCUCCUCGCAAAAUCCCCUAUACGAGAUCAAUGCCGAGCUUACCAUCCCACCUUCCAAUGCUACCCAGGGCGAUAGAGACCACGAUCGAGGAUGGCAUUACCCCGGAAAGCUGCAUUUGUCCGAGUCGUACAUGUGCUUUUCCACCACGCCCACAAGCUUCGUACAAACUGCCACCGCCUCGACGUCUCUGGCAUUUACAGGCCCGACCCAUGGCGCGGGGCCAAGUGGGAAUGGUUUCACGUUUCCUCUGUGCGCGAUUAGAAGAGUUGAGAGACUAAAUAGCCAGAAUUUUCAGUUUGCACUUGCCAUUACGACGUGGAAUGGGCUGUUAGCAGAUAACCCCAAAGAUAAAGACAGCAGCAAGGACAUCAAAGAUGCCAAGGAACAACGAAUUACGAUCCAUCUAGCCGGCUCCCGACCUGCUUGCGAACGGUUUUGCGAUGGACUCAAGAGAGGCCUGAGAGCCGGUGUCGGCAACGUCGGCAAGCUCCGCAAGGUCGUUGCUGAAUGCUACUCCGAACACCUCCUCCGAUCUGAAGAAAAAAAGAAUUCAAACCCGCCCGAUGCCGGUCUUGGCAUGGUGUUUAGGUAUCCCGGCGACCCCAAGAAGCUGCGAGACAGGGCCAAGAUGCGACUCUGGGCCGAGUACUUGCGAGACAAUGGAAGAAAUUCGACCCUUAUACGCCAACCCACAUUCCACAAGCUCAUUCGAGUCGGCUUGCCAAAUCGUUUACGAGGAGAGAUAUGGGAACUAACUUCGGGUUCGCUGUACUUGCGACUUGAGAAACCAACUCUGUAUGCCGAUACCUUGACCAAAUUUGAAGGGCAAGAGUCGCUUGCUAUUGACGAGAUCGAGAAGGAUCUGAAUCGAAGUCUGCCUGAAUAUCCCGGUUUCCAAAGCGAGGAAGGUAUUGGCAGGCUUCGCAGGGUUCUUACUGCAUACAGCUGGGUAAAUCCUGAUGUUGGGUACUGCCAGGCCAUGAAUAUUGUCGUGGCGGCGCUGCUCAUCUACAUGUCCGAGGCUCAGGCUUUCUUCCUACUCUCAUCUCUUUGCGAUCGUCUUGUUCCCGGCUAUUACUCCACAACCAUGUACGGCACCCUACUGGACCAAAAGGUGUUCGAGUCGUUGGUGGAAAGGACGAUGCCGAUUCUCUGGGAACAUUUAGUCAAGAGCGAUGUUCAGUUAUCAGUUGUCUCGCUGCCUUGGUUCUUGUCCUUGUACAUCAACUCAAUGCCCUUAAUAUUCGCUUUCCGCGUACUGGACGUCUUCUUUGUGGAAGGGCCAAAGGUGCUGUUCCAGGUCGGCCUAGCAAUCCUGCGAAUAAAUGGUGAAGAGCUGCUGGAUGCCGCUGACGACGGCGCCUUCAUAUCCGUCCUCAAGGCGUAUUUCUCCAGGCUGGAUGAGUCGGCUCACCCCAAGUCCGAGAACCCCAAGCUUCGAGCCGUCACCCGUUUUCAAGAGCUCAUGGUAGUUGCUUUCAAGGAGUUCUCUGGCAUCACUCACAGCAGCAUCACCGAGUUGCGACUAAAGAAGAAGGAUGCGGUCCUGAAUAACAUUGAAAAUUUUGCCAAGAGAACGGCAAUUCGAAACUUGGGACCCGACAGCAAGCUGCUCAACACAGAUGAGCUCGGUGCCUUGUACGACAGGUUUUACAGUGUAUUAUACGAGCGGCAACAGCGAGACCUCAUGAUUCAGGAGGAGCAAAAGCGCCGGGCCAAGACAAGUAGAAUGCGAGCUUCUGAAAUCUUUUCCUCUGCGCCUAACCAGGUGGAAAAGGGCCGCGUAGGGCUAGGGCCGAGCACAAGUCUGAUGGAUUAUGACGCAUUCAGAGAAUUCCUUGCCAGCAUGUGUAAAUGGGCAUUGUCUGAUUCCCCUGGAAACUCAAGGAGGGACACCAUGGCUGGAGGCGAUAAAUCUCCCAAGUUCAAUACUGCUCGGAAAUCUCCAGAUCUCACAUCCCCUUGGGGUGUUGGCCCGGAGCCCGCAGAGCAUGAGUUUCUGCAGCGCCUGUACAAGAAGUGGGAUGUAGAUGGAAACGCAGCUCUGACGCUGCAAAAUGUUGUCACAGGAUUGGCUGGUAUCAAGGGCAAGAGAGAUAUUAUGGGCACCAUCACCUAUUUCUUCGAGCUAUACGAUGAUGAUGGUGAUGGCAAGGUUGACCGUGAAGGGAUAUUACGAAUUUCCGAGGCAUUACUGUUCCUAUCACGACGCGGGCUCGAGGGAACACUCAGUCCCAAUGCCUCAAGCCUUGCGCUUAAUGGUGAAACUGGUAGCGCAAAUGAGUCUCAGGCAAGCUUACCAGCGGGUAUACCUGUCAACGAACGGUUCCUCGGAAGUGUGAGCGCCUUCAUCCGCCGCUGCUUUGAGUACGCCGACCCGGAUCACCCCCAGAACCAGAAUACAAGCAACACGCCACAAGACGCCGAGGCAGACCAGAAUUCGUUUGCCAUAGGGGAUGAUGAGGACGAAGAGGAUCUUCUGGAGCUGGAGUCUCCAUCAGGGUCGCCAAAGGAAGCAAAGAAGACGAACGAAAUGCUACUCGACGGGGAAGUGCCAGCGGAUGGCACCAACGACGAGUCGCGGCGCAAGGUCUCCAAGGCCAAGUCGGAAGCUGCCAACGCGGCACUGAACCCAGCGCAGCCUCUGCAUAUGACGCUACCGACAUUUAGAAUGGUUGUUCUCGCUGACGAGCUCCUGGAGCAAUUUUUUGAGUCUUCAUUCCCCUUCUCAUUCCAUAUCAUUGAGGGCCUUCAGAGCGCAGCAGUGACACCACAAAGCUCGUCAUUGACAACCUUUGCCAGCCUUGGCUUUGGUUCUAAGCCUCCCCUUCCCGUUCAGCCUGGACCGCACGGAGCAGGACGUGGCUUGCGAGGCGUGCUGGACAACAUUGUAACGGACGGAAUGCGGGUGGCAACCGAAGUACGCCGGCGCAUGGAGGAGGCGCAGAAGGAACUUGAGAAGAAUGCGCUACCUGGGCAGCGACCUGAGGAUGAUGAGGAGGACGACGAUGAUAUUGGCAUCGCGGUCGGGGCUCGGAAAGGACCAGGCGGUCCCAGCGGGGAUAACCGGUCCGUCAAGAGCUCUGAUCGCGAUUUACUAGACGGAUUAGACGCAGGGGCAGGAGCAUCAUCGAAAGAGCAGGACCAGGACCUAAUAGAUGUCAACUCCGGAGAGGGACGACCGAGAGUGGAGACGGUUGCGGCUUCAGGAACCGGAGUAGUUGAAUUCGAGGGGUAG